AUGUCAUCUAAAGAAUCCCAAUUUCGAGACAGAAUAUUUGACUUAGGGCAUAAGGCUGGCAAAUCUCGACAAACGUCUGUAGAGAGGCUGGGCGACUUGAAAUACAAAUUAGAGUCUUCAUUUAGGCCACCAAAAAAUAAUGGAGAUUUGUCAUGAAAAGCAUUCCGCACUGAAAUUCGUACACAAUCAACGAGGAACUUUAUUGUGCCUUCACUUUCUCAUUAUCAAGACAUUUCGAGUUUUCGUUCAACUACGCCUAAACAAAGAUCAGUUUUGGUGUCACCAGGGAGAGCGAGGCAUUAUUCAGGACAUUCCAAACAAUUUUUGCACUCAAGAACGUCAAGCCCAUUGAUGCUAUCUCCAAGCUCGAUUAGAGAUAAUUUUAAUUUUACAAUGGAUAAGAAAAGGAUACAAGAAAUUAUUUGUCUAGAAGAUUUGCAUAGGGCAAUAGAAGUGAUAGAAGAAAUGAGCGAGACUGAUUGCAAUCAAUUAACUAUUGGGUAUAAGCAAGCUUUGCUUAAGUUUUGCAGUCGAACUAUGAGCAAAGUGAGACCAAUGGACUUUUAA